CGAUGGAUCUGGAGGCGGGAAGGAACGGCACGGCCCGGCGCCCCAGGAGAGCGGGAGGCGACUUGGAGCUGAGGAGCAACAGCAGCAACCAAGACAGGAAAGAAACGAAGAAAGUGAAUUUAAUUGGACCAUUAACAUUGUUUCGAUACUCCGAUUGGCAGGAUAAAUUAUUUAUGUCCCUGGGCACAAUCAUGGCCAUAGCUCACGGAUCAGGUCUCCCCCUCAUGAUGAUAGUAUUUGGAGAAAUGACCGACAGAUUUGUUAUUACUGCAGGAAACUUCUCCUUUCCAGUGAAUUUUACAUUGUCAAUGUUAAAUCCAGGCAGAAUUCUGGAAGAAGAAAUGACUAGAUAUGCAUAUUAUUACUCAGGACUAGGUGCUGCAGUUCUCAUUGCUGCCUAUAUACAAGUUUCAUUUUGGACUUUGGCAGCCGGCCGACAGAUUAGGAAAAUUAGGAAAGAGUUUUUUCAUGCUGUUCUCCGACAAGAAAUAGGCUGGUUCGACAUCAACGACACCACUGAACUCAAUACACGGCUAACAGAUGACAUCUCCAAAAUCAGUGAAGGAAUUGGUGACAAGGUUGGAAUGUUCUUUCAAGCAAUAGCCACGUUUUUUGCAGGAUUCAUAGUGGGGUUCAUGAGAGGAUGGAAGCUCACCCUUGUGAUAAUGGCCAUCAGCCCUAUCCUGGGACUCUCUGCAGCUGUUUGGGCAAAGAUACUCUCGGCAUUUAGUGACAAAGAACUAGCCGCAUAUGCGAAAGCAGGCGCUGUGGCAGAAGAGGCUCUGGGCGCCAUCCGGACUGUGAUAGCCUUUGGGGGCCAGAACAAAGAGCUGGAAAGGUAUCAGAAACAUCUAGAAGUUGCCAAAAAGAUUGGAAUUAAAAAAGCUAUUUCAGCAAACAUUUCCAUGGGCAUUGCCUUCCUGUUAAUAUAUGCAUCAUAUGCGCUGGCCUUCUGGUAUGGAUCCACUCUGGUCAUAUCAAAAGAAUAUACUCUGGGAAAUGCAAUGACAGUCUUUUUUUCAAUUCUGAUCGGAGCUUUCAGCGUUGGACAGGCUGCUCCUUGUAUUGAUGCUUUUGCCAAUGCAAGAGGAGCAGCAUAUGUGAUCUUUGAUAUUAUAGAUAAGAAUCCUAAAAUUGACAGUUUUUCAGAGAGAGGACACAAACCAGACAACAUCAAAGGGAAUUUGGAGUUCAAUGAUGUUCAUUUUUCUUAUCCAGCUCGAGCUAAUGUCAAGAUCUUGAAGGGCCUCAACCUGCAGGUUCGGAGUGGGCAGACGGUGGCCCUGGUUGGGAACAGUGGCUGUGGGAAAAGCACGACAGUCCAGCUGAUCCAGAGGCUCUAUGACCCUGAUGAGGGUAUGAUUAGCAUAGAUGGCCAGGAUAUUAGGACCUUUAACGUCAGGUAUUUGAGGGAAAUCAUUGGAGUGGUGAGUCAGGAGCCAGUGCUAUUUUCUACCACAAUUGCUGAAAAUAUUCGCUAUGGCCGUGGAAAUGUCACCAUGGAUGACAUAAAGAAAGCUGUCAAAGACGCCAAUGCCUAUGAGUUUAUCAUGAAAUUACCACAGAAAUUUGACACCCUGGUUGGAGAGAGAGGGGCACAGCUGAGUGGCGGACAGAAACAGAGAAUCGCCAUCGCUCGGGCCCUGGUUCGCAACCCCAAGAUCCUGCUGCUGGAUGAGGCCACGUCAGCCUUGGACACUGAAAGUGAAGCUGAGGUACAGGCGGCUCUGGAUAAGGCCAGAGAAGGCCGGACCACCAUUGUGAUCGCUCACCGAUUGUCUACAAUCCGAAAUGCAGAUGUCAUCGCCGGCUUCGAAGAUGGAGUCAUCGUGGAGCAAGGAAGCCACAGCGAACUAAUGAAGAAGGAAGGGCUGUACUUCAAGCUGGUUAACAUGCAGACAUCAGGAAGCCAGAUCCAGUCAGAAGAAUUUGAAGUUGAACUAAAUGAUGAAAAGGCUGCCCCGGGUAUGGCCCCAAAUGGCUGGAAAUCUCGCAUAUUUAGGAAUUCUACUCAUAAAAGCCUUAGAAGUUCGCGAAGGUAUCAGAAUGGCCUUGAUGUGGAAACCAAUGAACUUAUCUUUGGGCCGGGGGACGAUGCCGUGAAGCAGCAGAAGUGCAACAUGAUCUCGUUGCUGUUCUUGGGUCUGGGGAUUACUUCUUUCUUCACUUUCUUCCUUCAGGGCUUCACGUUUGGGAAAGCUGGCGAGAUCCUCACCACCAGGCUUCGGUCAAUGGCUUUUAGAGCGAUGCUGAGACAGGCCACUGGGACCAGGUUGGCUUUAAUGGCACAGAACACAGCCAACCUUGGGACUGGCAUUAUCAUAUCGUUUAUCUACGGUUGGCAGUUAACUCUUUUGCUGUUAUCGGUUGUUCCAAUCAUCGCUGUGUCAGGAAUUGUGGAAAUGAAAAUGUUGGCUGGAAAUGCCAAAAGAGAUAAAAAGGAACUGGAAGCCGCUGGAAAGAUUGCAACAGAGGCCAUAGAAAAUAUUAGGACAGUUGUGUCCUUGACCCAGGAAAAAAAAUUUGAAUCAAUGUAUGUGGAAAAAUUGUACGGACCUUACAGAAAUUCUGUACGGAAGGCACACAUCUAUGGAAUUACUUUUAGUAUUUCACAAGCAUUUAUGUAUUUUUCCUAUGCCGGUUGUUUUCGAUUUGGUGCCUAUCUCAUCGUGAAUGGACAUAUGCUCUUCAGAGAUGUUAUUCUGGUGUUUUCAGCAAUCGUGUUUGGCGCAGUGGCACUAGGACACGCCAGCUCCUUUGCUCCAGACUAUGCCAAAGCCAAGCUGUCGGCAGCCCACUUGUUCAUGCUGUUUGAAAGACAACCUGUGAUUGACAGCUACAGCGAGGAAGGCCUGAGGCCUGAUAAGUUUGAAGGAAAUGUGACAUUUAAUGAAGUCGUGUUCAACUACCCGACCCGGCCCAACGUGCCGGUGCUGCAGGGGCUGAGCCUGGAGGUGAAGAAGGGCCAGACGCUGGCCCUGGUGGGCAGCAGCGGCUGCGGGAAGAGCACGGUGGUCCAGCUGCUGGAGCGCUUCUACGACCCGACGGCCGGAACCGUGCUGCUAGAUGGUCAAGAGGCAAAGAAACUCAACGUCCAGUGGCUCAGAGCCCAGCUCGGGAUUGUGUCCCAGGAGCCCAUCCUGUUCGACUACAGCAUUGCCGAGAACAUCGCUUAUGGAGACAACAGCAGGGUGGUAUCCCAGGAUGAGAUUGUGAGUGCAGCCAAAGCAGCCAACAUACAUCCUUUCAUCGAGACCUUACCCCAUAAAUAUGACACAAAAGUGGGAGAUAAGGGGACUCAACUCUCAGGAGGUCAAAAACAGAGGAUUGCGAUUGCCCGGGCCCUCAUCAGACAACCUCGAAUCCUGCUGUUGGAUGAAGCUACAUCCGCUCUGGAUACUGAAAGUGAAAAAAUUGUCCAAGAAGCCCUGGACAAAGCCAGAGAAGGCCGCACCUGCAUUGUGAUCGCCCACCGCCUGUCCACCAUCCAGAACGCAGACCUGAUAGUGGUGUUUCAGAACGGCAAGAUCAGGGAGCACGGCACCCAUCAGCAGCUGCUUGCACAGAAGGGCAUCUACUUCUCCAUGGUCAGCGUCCAGGCUGGGACGCAGAACUCAUGAACUCUUGUUACCGUGUAUCUUAAAAAAUAAACUCAAAUCAUUCUACAACUUU